AUGGCUUCUGCUGUACCCUACGAUCCUUACGAUGAUAUAGACAACAAUCCAUUUUCAGAACCGCAGGAAUCGAAUACAAAUGCCACGGAAACACAGCGUUCAGAGACUCAGGGUCAAAACGAGCACAUCACGGUCCCAAACCCUCAAAAUGAAACUUCAAACAAUGAACGACCCGCAGGUGCGGAAUUACUCCCCGAAAGGUUAUCGAAGAAGUAUCAAUUGGUGGUAAAAGUGACCGGGUUGGAAAGAAUUGGAACGUAUACUCAUAAAAAGGAGAACCCUACGAUUCAAUUUGACGUUUCCACCAAUGUGCCAACUUUCCGCAAACAGCAGCAUCGAGGUGUGAAGAAAACCAUGUGUGAAUUUCAGAAUCUUUUCGCCUUUCUGAACGGUGCCAUCCCAGAAACUUUUGUGCCAGCGCUGCCCCUGCCCAGCACCAAUUACGGUAUCAGCAACUCCGAGGACUACAACAAGACCGUGAAAAACUUCCAGGAAUGGUUUGAUCGCAUCGCAGCGGAUCCCAUUUUACUUCGAAGCGAGGAAAUAGCUUUCUUUAUCGAGAGCGAUUUCAACACAUACACGCCCGUGGGCAAAAUGAAAUCGACCCCGGCGUCGGGACUCAAGCGGAAAACCCUUAAGCAAUUGGCUCCACCGUUCGACGAGUGUCUCGAACUCGCCGAAUUCAGACCCUUGGUGAAAUCAAUACAUCAUCUGAGCAGAGAAAUUCAAACCAAACUUUCAAAGCUGUGUAAAAUUCGCAAGACGCUCUCGCAAGACGAAAGCGCUGUUGGACAAGGUUUCAAAGAGCUGGCCCAGGACUGUUCCCAGAUGAAAUCGCACGGCAAAUUCUACAUGAAGUUCGGUAAAACUCUUACCGCGGUCGGCGACAUCGAUAGCGUUAUGGCGACGCUCGAUGCCGCCACCUUACAUGAUGGUCUCGAAUGGAUCACCAACGAGACUUACACCGUGAAGGAGGUUUUGACUAACAGACACUUUCUGAUGCGUGACUUGCUGCAGGCACAACAGAACUCCAAGAUUAGACAAGAGCAAGCCCGCAAAUUGCGCGCCAAGAGGGACGUAAGCCCAUUGAAAGUGGACGACGCGAUUCGCGCCCUCAAAGCAGCAACCACCAUCGAGCACGAACUAACACUCAAACUGCGCCGCGUUACCGCGAAUAUGCUUCUUCAAAAAAUCGAGUGGCUAGAGUGGUAUGACAGAUGUUUGAUCAGCAGCAUAAAGGAGUACACAAUGCGCAAAAUCGAGUACGAACGUAAGAAAUUGUCGCUACUUGAAAGGAUACGAAGUGAUGUAAGAGCUGCUGAUGAGUCCGGCGGUCUUUCGCGUCUGGGACGCGACGCGAACACCGGGAGAAGUGCUUCCGUGGUAACAAAACCAUCCCAGACCGCACAAGGCGACAGCUGGACCAGCGACCGAAGAUCACAUGCAUUUGAACCUUGUGUUUUGAAGACCGAGUUCGAUGCCUCUUUAGACUCCGGUGGGGAAAAAAUUCCUGCGGGCGAGGAUCGAUACGCGUUGGAUGCGAGAAGUGCAGCUCAUUUACUGGGAACUAGCACUUUUUGA